AUCAGCUUUACUUGUAAACUCCAAUAUGGAAGGAAAGUGAAACUUCGCAACUAAAAUAAAAAUAUUUUCAAUUAUAUUUUACUAAUUUUGCUUUGUCAGCUCUAUUUCUUUUCAGUGAACGGUGAUCUGCAAUAUUGAACGUAUUUUCAAUGAAUAAAUUGGCAAUUUUACCUCACCUUACCAACAAAUACACAUCUUUUGCUGGUGCUUUAAAAUUUGUAAAAACUAGCAAGAAUUUUUACUAUGUGGAUAGGCCAGCAGGUUGUAGAUGUAUGGCAAGCAAAUGUGAGCGAUUUGGCGAUGAGGAUACUGCAACUUUUAAACCAAGAAGAGUAGUUAUAUUAUCGCGCAUAACCAGAUAUGAAUUUGAAAAACUACGCCACAAAGAUUCUACAGAGGAGCAAUUCAAAAGCAAGAUGGAGAGAAAGAGAUCAGACUAUCAAACAUUACUUGAAAGACACAAAACUCAUUAUUCCUGUGUCGACUUCAUGACAAAAAGCUUGGAGGCCAGUGGUAUAGAAACUAAAGUAGUUAAACGGCCACAGUUCACAAAUGAGAUAUUGGACUGGGCCGAUGCGGUUUUUACUGCUGGAGGAGAUGGGACAUUCCUGGAUGCUGCGUCCAAAAUCCACAAUAGAGAUAAACCUAUUAUAGGUGUUAAUACAGACCCUAAAAGAUCUGAAGGUCGACUGUGUUUGUCAAAAGAUGAAUACUCUGCUGCCAACUUUGAUACUAUUUUACAGAAACUUCUGACCGGUGACUUUAGAUGGUUAUGGCGGCAGCGAAUACGCAUCACAAUAUCCGGUUACCAUGCCAAUGACGACCCUAUAGAAUUAUCGGACCAGCAGCUUCAUUAUCUUGAACAUCGGUACACGGAACAUGUGGCCGAGAACGAGAUCUGCACUCGAUCUUUAUAUGUCAAAGGUCACACUCAUACCAGAGUAUUACCUGUAAAAGCAUUGAAUGAAGUGUUUUUUGGAGAAUGUCUUUCAUCUAGGGUGUCUUACUAUGAGUUAAGUAUUGAUGAUCAACCUGGUAGUAAGCAGAAGAGUUCUGGGGUCACAGUAUGUACAGGUACAGGGUCAACAUCAUGGCAUUUUCAUAUCAACAAAAUACCCUCCGAGUCGGUCCAAGACAUUCUAAGAAUAGCAAACUCACAGGGCACAGUAUCAUUUCCAACAGAGGAUGCAUAUUUCGUACAAUCUGUAACAGACAAGUUCAAUAAUUCCUUGAUUUUUGACCCCAAUGAAUCAUACAUGGGCUACACAGUUAGGGACCCAGUAAAUAAUGGUGUUUUCAAUGUUCCAUCCUCAAGAGGGAAAGCAAAGAAAAUCCAGAUCUCAUCACGAAUGUGGGAUGCCUGUCUCGUACUAGAUGGUGGUUGCUCAUUCCGGUUUAAUGAUGGUGCCAUAGCAACAUGCGAAAUGUUUGACGAAGAUGCUUUAAGGACUGUUGAAUUGGACUGAAAAAAAAUAUGGAGAAUAUUUUUUAUCCUAUUUUAGUAUAUUUAAAAAGUACAAAAAUAAAAUUUCUGAAGGUAGCUGUUUUACAUGAAUUAUUUGAUUAUGUUUUGUUUUGUAAAAACUAUGUUAUUUUUUAGUUUGUCUGUUUCCAAGAAAAAGUCAAGCUAUUAUGAUAGCUGCAUUGUUGUUGUUGUUGUUGUCUUGCAAUGUCAUUUAAUGUAGCCCAUUAUUCAAAUAUUUUAAAAUUUAUCAAAAUGAAACUCGUAAUACUUGCUUAUUUUGACAAGGUGCAGUUGUAAGACAAAGGGGUAUAAUUCUGGGUAAAAAGGGGUAUAAAGCUAUAUUUUUUAAGUUAUGCCCCUUUUUUUACUACGAAUUUUUGCCAAAAGUGAGUAUUUAAAAAGACAAGUGUUAACAUCGCAUGCGGUGCUCUUGUUUUAAAGUAGGAAAUAUAUACAUGUAGUAUGGAUUUUGAUUUUUUUUCCAUAUGUCAUAGAUAUAAAAAAAUCAUGGUAGAAAUUUGUGUCAUAUAUUUUACAUUGAGUCAAAGAAAAGAAAAAAAAAAUGGAGAAAAAAAUGUUUGUUAUCUUACAUGUAUUUUCAUAUGUUGUUCUAGUGAUUAUUUACAUGGCAUUUCAAACUUGUGAUAGCACUGAGCUAAUUUAUUCAGUUCAGUUUUUUGUCAGUUUUUUCGAAUUUUUCAUAAACAUUAAUGUACACUUAUAAAUUGGAGGGAAAACAUCAAAAUAACAAAGGUUUUUAAGUGUAUAAAACUCUAUAUCUGAUGCCGGUACUGUAGUAAAGAAAAUUAUUGCUUGAAUUUUGAUAAAAGUAUAAUCCCCAAAAUUUUUGUGUAAGAUAUAUACUGGUGCCUCAUAUUUCCGAGGUACUUAACUGUUUAACACAGACAAUAAAAGUUAAAAGGAUAAAAUUCUGAAAAAUACAUUGAAUAUUGUAGGAUAGACAUGUCAGUUGCCUCAUAGUUUAUUCCAUUUAAUGUGUGCAUGUAAGCAAUUAUGUGUACAGCAUUGUAAUUAACACCCAUCUGCUGCCUAGUGAGUAAAGUUGUGUUCUCAUAUUUCCAAGGCAAUUACAUUUUAAUAGUUUCAAAAGCAAACCCAAUAGUAAUAUUUAUUUUUUAGUACACCUAUACCUAGGCUUGUCUGAAUGUGGGGAUUUUCUCUUUGGCAUUUAUCAAAUAUCUCAAUGGUUGUUUAACAAAGACAUUUGUCUUAAAAGGUAUGAAAUCUAAAAGUAAAAUGGUGAAAUAAAUUACUUUGCUCUUAAUCUGAAUAAAAAGAAUAUUUUUUUCCAGUCGUAUAUGUAAUAUUUCUAUAAAAAUACAAUAAAAUAGUAAAGGUAAAACUACUGGCAGGUUCAUGAAGUCUAGAAGGCACUUUGGACUGUUUAAGCCUAAUACCUUGGAAAUAUGGGUACCACGGAAAUAUGAGGCGCCAGUAUACACAUAUAUGUUUGUUUAUUUCCUUUACAGCAAAUGGGACAUGCACUGAACUGUUAAAAGCCUACUUAGAAUGGCAAAGUAAUAUUUUGUUCAAGAUAACAUUUUAUUUUGUCUAUGUGUAAUAAAUGCCAGACACAUUGUAUGUUACAUCUCUAUUAAGAAUCGACCUUAUGAGUAUGGAAACAACAUAAUUUUACCAUUUAUGAAUUUUAUAAUGAUAUUUCAAUACACUUUAGAUUCAAUUUAAAAGAAUAUGUGUUUAUUAUAUUCCGCCACUCAUGAAAUAUUUAUUUUCAUACCACUCAAUGAAAAUAAAUCCAGGAUUUAUAGAAAAAUAACUUAAAUACCCUCUAUAUUUUUGUCAGCUGAUUUUCGGGAGGUGUUUUGUACAUACACCAAGAUAUUUAUUUUACUAUAACUAUUUUCAUCUUCCAUCAUUACUUUUGGAAGACCUUAGAAUGAAGCAGCUGCAGUAUUAUUUUGGUGCAUAUUAUGUAAUGUUGACGAUGAAGUUUAUGUCAUGUUUAAAGUGCUUUGAUUUCGACGAACAAGGAAUUGGGAAUAUAAUGCUAGAAUAGAAAUACCAUGGAACUCGGCAAAUGUGGGCUUUUUCCUAUAUAAUCCCUUGGAUACAAAGAAACAUUUAGAGUUACAACUUGGUGAAAGCGAUAAUAAGCACAAUGCGAAGAUAACUCUCUUAUGAAAGAUAGUUUCCUGUGAAGUUUUAAUAUUAAAGUUUAUUUGUACCGAAGGAUAAGAUGGGGUAAACCCCACAUUGGCCAAGUUGCAGAUGACAUCUCUGUUAUAUUUAUAUUAUAUUAAUAUAAGUAUUCUUGAAUCUCGUUGUCUUGAAUCACUUCUGUGAGAUCAUUAUUUUUGUUCUUGAUUUAUAUACUUCACAACAGCAGGUGUCAAGUGCUGUGUGGCACCUGUAAAAAGUUGCCCCGUACUUCAUUUCAGUGUUGUUAUAUUUUUCUGGUCCUUCGGGAUCAUUGAUGCCAGCACUACUAAGUGUUGAGAAUUGAGUACCGCUCAAGCCGGUGCUAGGGGGCGCGAGGGAUGUUGCACAUAUUCAUUAUCCCUAAUGUACAGACUCAAUCAAACCGAGUCUGCAACUCUCUUGUUAUUUUCUUGUGAUUAAUGCUUCCGAGGGAUCACUUUGUUUCCAGAUUUUUGAUAUAGGGCGGAUUUUAAGAUGGAUUUGUUAAAUGUACAGAAGAGUAUUAAUUUUGAUAAUUAUGAAAAAAUAAAAACAGUAUCCAUUUAGCUACUGUUAGUGUUUUUUCAAAGAUGAAUUUUGUAUUGUGAAUAGCGGAUUCCAUGUGUAUUUUUGCUUUAACAAAGUAGCCAACACUUAUAAACUUAUUGUUAUAGGUCUGUCUGAAUUUACAACUGUCAAAAAGUAGAUAUUUUAGCAUUAAUAUGUCACUGUGGGGGAAAAAAAUGAAAGUUGAUAAUUGUAUUUCAAAACCUUUGCUUAUAGCUUGUUGGGGCCAAAAUCAAAUCCAAACUUAAAUUUUAUGAGCACUUUUCUAGUCUGUAAAAGUUAGAAAUUAAUGUACUUUAUAUGUUCUUAUUUCAUGUUCUCAUUUGCUGUCUUUAUUUUGUUUUGACUUUGUUAUUUUAUUUUCUUUCUUUAUUGAGACUAAUUAGUCUAAAGGGUUUAGUUUCCAUGGUUUUACUUGGCAUCCAUCAAACAUUUCUAUAUCUUCACAGCUUCAUAGAUUUGACAUAUACUGAAUUUAUUGCUUGAUCUUAAAAAUAGCUGUAUGAAAUUUGAUUACAUUGAUGGAACAGAUCAAAAUUUAUGCACAUAAAUCUUUUUCAGCUCUUUUAUGAAAAUAGUUUUUGUUUAACUAUUGAAUGAACCAAAAUACUUGUCAUACCUUUCAGCAUCAUUUAUUAAACAUUCCAUGAUAUUUUCACCAGUUUUGAUUGCAACCAUUUUUAAGUGAAAUUCAUUACGUUUUCUUUAAAUGUUUUUCUCUUCUUUACAUUAAAAAAACAAAAUUUGGAACAACAUGUAGCAACAUUUGUACUGUCAACCGGUAGCUUUAUUCCAUUUCAUUGCUCAAUUUGUUAUUCGAUACUCAUGAUUAUUUAUUGAGGAAUAAAACACUUCAAUUGUACAUUGUAGCAUGAUGAUAAUUAUCCUGUUAUUUCAUUUUUUUUCCCAAUAACCUGCAAAUUUUCUGUCACAUGAUAUACAUGUACUUGUAUUAUUUGAAAAACAAACCUGGCAGAAAGGAGAAUCAUACAUGUAUACAAGUAUAAAGCUGAUAUUCUGGAGUCACUUUUAUUGUUAUACAGUUUCAUAUAAAGUUAGAUAUGAUCAUGUGUGGAAUAAAGUAUUUACUUACCAUGAAAAAUGUCAUGACCUUUAACUUGUAUUUUUCUCCCAUUGGUAAUGUUUGGUUGGUUGAAUCGCAUUCAGCUUCUCGUCAUGUGGUAAACUUGACUAGCAGAAUAUUAGUCCCAGACCAAGAUACUAUCAUUAUACCCCAAUUGUAUUUUGUUACAUUGAUCAUGUUGUUAUUUCAAGCUUAAAUGUAUUCAUUGUCCUUGUUAAUUUUAUAUUUGUUAUGAACCAUGAACUGCAGUGAUCAAAAUAAAGAAAUGAAAAAAUAAA